AUGAGUGUGGUGGAAUCGUGUGCCCAAAAAGGGUUCCACGUUCAUCCCGAGGACGAGAAAUUAUUCGUUGAAGCCGAUCACGUUCAGUACACAACCAAUCAUGGCACAACUAUUGUAGACAUGAGGAAAUGA